AUGUGGGUUCUACCAUUAGUCGGUUAUUUCGGGGUGGUUGUCGGGUUUGCCUUUCUCACCUUGGCCAUAGGUAUGGAGGGACAUGGAAUCUUGACAAGAAUGGAAAAAGCUGACUUUGAAACUCCAGCUUCGGGACUCUACUAUCUAUCCGAGCUUGUGGAAGAACACACGGUUCUUGCCCGCCGUCUGUUGACCCGUCUGAUCUACGGCAUCGUCGCGAUACAAGUUCUGCUUAUGAUAAUUGACCGUUUCCCUGUGUAUUUGUCUCUGCUCAGCAUUGCUUCGCACAUGGUCUACGCCAGCAACCUGCGCCGAUUCCCCAUCGUGAAACUAUCUGAUCCACUUUUCAUCCUUUCUUGUCUUCUGGUUGGUCUCAACCACUGGCUAUGGUUCCGUCAUUUCUCGAAGCCCUUACCUCCGUCGAACAACUGGCGUCAACCGUAUGGAGUCAAUUACGAUGAGAUGCCCUCUUUCUCUGAAGUGGCUUCAUACUUUGGACUGUGCGUUUGGCUAGUUCCAUUCGCUCUGUUUGUUAGUUUGAGCGCGGGGGAAAAUGUGUUGCCAAGCAUGGGCUCGGAGUAUGCCACCGGGGAACGUGCCAAACCCACUGGCCUAGGUCCCUCUGAUGGCAAGUCCAAGAACAAGGGAAUGGCCAAGGCCUUGGUGGAUGGUGUCCGAGAUUGGACAAGGGAGACCGGUGAACUCAUGGGUUUCUGGAGAGGAGAAAAUACAAGACGAUUCUGA